AGAUCUAAAAAUCCAGAGCCUUCGUAAAUUUAUCUUAACGAAAUUCUCCCAUUAUAAACAUGUGACGCCAUGAAUGGAUGACGCCCAAUAACAACGCAAUAAACAAAGCAUCAUUUUAAACAAAUCAAAUUUUAAGCGAAAAAUCGUAAAAAACUCAGGAAAUCUCCCAAAAAGUACAGAUAAACCAAAGUAAAAUGGAAUAUGAACAGAUGUUAGUAGGAGAUGACGACAACUCGCCACCAACAGUAGAACGCAAAGAAAAACGAGGUCGAAAGCCCGGUCGCAAAGCUUCUGCAGAGAAGGUGGACGUUAAAGCUAAAUUGGAACGUAGCAGACAGAGUGCUCGGGAAUGUCGUGCUCGAAAAAAGUUGCGUUACCAAUAUUUGGAGGAAUUGGUGGCAGACAGAGAAAAGGCAGUGAUCGAGUUGAGACGCGAACUCGAAAAAUACACGAGCUGGAUUGCAGAUUUAGAUGCUGGUCGUGUUCCCGACGGUCUACAAGACGUACUACAGGAAGUGGGAGCCUUGAAGCACGAAUGAAUGCCAUGUUAUUUUUUUUGUUUAAACAUUUCUUUUGAAUUACUAAGUUGAGUGGAGUGAAAUAAAAAUUAAAUAUUAUAUUUAUGA